AAGAAGAAGAAACUAGCAGCGACACAGUACUACACGGGAGUACGACAGAGCUGCGUUAAGAUUCAUUCAACAUUUGAAAAUGUUGAGCAGUGUUUCUCUACGGGCGCAGAUCGCUUCCAUCAUAGAGGUACUUUCUAAAGCUGCGGUUGCAGAAAUUAGCAAAGUAGUCGACGAUGGUAUAGUUGUGUUACGUGUGGAAAUGUGUCAACGGGAAAAUGAAAUCAACGUCCUGAAAAAUAAUUUACAGCAACUUGACAGCGAGCUUCGAAGAGCUCGAACUCGUGGGAUUCAAGCUCGAAGACGCAUUCAUCAUGGUCGAUCAGUCGCUGCUGAGAACCUUGGGAGGGAAGGGCCAGGUAAAAGCGGUACUACUUGUGUAGGGAGGACCUCGCUUGAGAAACUGCAGUCUGGGGAAGAUGGUAAUGAAAGGGAUGAAGAAGACAUUCGACGUGCAGAUGAGACUCGGGUGAAGACUGAGCCAGGAGUGGAGCUGGAACAAGCGAAGCAAAGUACAGGGAGAAAGGAAAAAGGUCGUCUGGAUGCCGAACUGUCGAUGUAUGACAGAGACAGCCAGCAGUGGAUGUCCAGUUCACAAGCAGACAAUGAUAUGGAGAUGAGCAAUUCGGAAUAUUUUAAUAGUUCAGGGCAAAACUCCCAGUGUCUCCCUGAUCACUCUCCUGUACCUCCUGGAAAUUCCGGAAAGGAGGAAGCGUCAUGCAGCAGUGUUUCGUUUCCAGGUAAACUAUAUUUUGAUGUAAGAGAGGAUGUGAUCGCACAGCUCAGACGGCCACAACAUUAUCGGCAGUCAGACGUACUCAAGAGAACAAGUGACGGCACAGUACAGUCGAACCCAGACCCUAGAAGUGUGUUGGGUUUUGGCUCAAAUUAUAAUACGGCAAGGAGAGCGAGGACCAAGAGAUUUUGCCAGGUUAAGAAACACUUCAUUUGCACACUGUGUGGAAAGAGUUUCGAGCGUUACGGUCAUCUUGAAAGGCAUCUGCGAAUUCAUACGGGUGAGAAACCGUACAGCUGUGACCUAUGUGGAAGAUGUUUCAACCAGAAGAGUAGCCUCAAAGGACAUCUGAAGACUCACAGAGUAUCGAUAGACGCACAAGCGAACAACGAGGAGAUGCCUGCCCUGGAUAGAAGUCAGUCUGAGGAAGAGCAAUGCAACACAAAUAACGAAGUGGUCCUAACUCCUGAGAUGCCUGUGAAGUCGGAGCCAGAGGAGCAGAAGGAUGCAUCGCAGACACUGAAUCGUAAAGGAGAAGAGCAGACUGCAGGCAGCGCAGAAGAACUGGCUGCUAACUUGUCAUUGUACGAGAGAGGGAGCCAGUCGUGGAUGUCUGGUUCACAAGCAGACCAUGGUAUUGAGACAAGCAAUUCAGAAUAUUUCAGCAGUUCUGGUCACAAGUCACAGUGUCUCCCUGACCACUCACCUUUAAAUCAUGUCCCGGGAAUGGUGGAGGCGUCAUGCAGCAGUGCUUCAUUUCCAGGAAAACCCUAUGUUGAUGUCAGAGAGGAUAUGAUUUUGCAGCUCAGACAGCAACAUUCGGGACCUUCAGACACGCUGUUGAUAGCAAGUGACGGCACAGUACAGUCAAACUCACAGGGCGUGGAAGGGGUUACCCUGAACCAUAGCCCUAUCUUCUCUAGUUUUCCAAGGAACGUGAGAACCUUCCAAGGAGUCACCAAGGACAAGAAGUGCUUCGUCUGUUCAUUCUGUGGGAAAGUUUUUGAGCGGGUUGGUCAUCUGGAAAGGCACCAGCGGAUUCAUACGGGCGAGAAACCGUACAGAUGUGAAAUAUGCGGAAGGUGCUUCAACCAGAAGAGCAGCCUCAAAGGGCAUCUGAAGACUCACAGAGCGGAUGGGGUCGAAAUGCUAAUGGAACAACCUCAACUUGAUAAGAAGCCUGAGGUCCACCCUAGACCCUCAGAGAACCCAGAGGAACAGAGGGCUCAGGCUUCACUUGCUGAAGAACAGCCUAGCUCUGGGGACAGUGAAGACCAGGAGGGGGGAAGGGGGCAGGGGUUAGUAGUGAAAACAGAGCGAGAGAAGGAGUUUAAAUCCCAGACAAUCAAUCUGUCUGGACAUCAACACCAACAAAUCACAGAGCGACCAGGUUACCAGGAUGACCCAGAGUAUGUCAUGGAUGAGAGGGAGAGUCAGCUGUGUAGAUCUUUUACGGCAGAGAGGCACAAUGAUAACGAGUCUGGGUCUGUACACCCAGGUUGCUCCUUCGAUGGUACGACGCAGCAGAAGUCCCAUCCAGAUUCGCCCUCUGUCAAAUACAAUCACCACCACGGGUUCUAUUCGUCAGCUUCUAGAGAGGUGGAACUUGAACACUUGUCUUUUCAGGAUGAGAAAAACAAGUUGGAAAUGAUUGAGCAAGAGCAGUAUGCAGGAAUGGCUCUACAUGCAAGGAACCGAGAGGAUGGCAAUAGGACAAUACUACCCAGGUUUCAGGACCGGGUACCACACCCUGUAGUGAAGGAAACGGCAAUGAGAGAGUACAUCACAGAACCAAACAGUCAAGAAGGCAUUUUAUUUGCCCUUGGUAUAGACGGUUUUGACAGCACAGAGGGCAGCAGUGCCACCACAGACAACACAAGAAAUAGAUGUUUCAUAUGCUCCAUUUGUGGAAAGAGUUUUGAUCGUCAUAGUCAUUUUGAAAGACACCAGCGCACUCAUACUGGUGAGAAACCCUACUGCUGUGAGAUAUGUGGUAAGAGUUUCACUCAGAAGAGCAGCCUGAAAGCUCAUCAGAGACUUCAUACAGGGUAGUUAAAGGCCAGAUAGGCUUCAUCAAAAUGCAAUCAAUACUGGUGUUGUAAAAUGAGUAUUGGACAUAUGGCUGCUAUUGGUAAUAACUUGGUGUUGCAACAAUUUGGAAGUCCAACUAUAUUGUGUUGGUAAGACUUAAUAUGUUUGUUUUAUAUGGUUGUUUCCAUUACACUUGAUUAAAUGGAACACUUGAGUAGUGCUUAGUUUGUUGUCAUCAGGUAUCUCUAAUAAUGUAUAAAAAAAGGUGAAAGAAAAAUUUGAAUAAUGAAAUGUUUUUUUCUUCUCUACAUCAAACGUAUGGAUAAUUUAUCCAAUUAAUAGGGUUACGUAACCAUUUUUGGGGGGAGAUGGUAAGUUUGUCUACUACUCAAUGAAUGAGUAGAGUACCGUAAUUUCCGGACUAUAAGCCGCUACUUUUUUCCCACACUAUGAACCUCGCGGUUUAUACAAUGACGCGGCUAAUUUAAUUUAAAUUUUUCACAAGAUUCACGCUGCCAAAAAACUGAGCACCGUCACAUAAUGUCACGUAAAUCGAGCGCGCUCAAACUUCCCAUCAUUCUGAUUACGGUAGUCAUUUUGUCACCCUCAUCAUGGCAAAGACACGGAGAAAUGCAUAUGAUGCAGCUUUCAAGUUGAAGGCGAUCGAUCUGGCUGUUGGAAAAGGAAAUAGAGCUGCUGCACGGGAGCUUGGCCUUAAUGAGUCGAUGAUAAGACGUUGGAAACAGCAGCGUGAGGAACUGACGCUGACAACAAAAGCUUUCAGAGAAGAAAAGCAGAUGGCCCGAACUAGAAAAUGAGCUUGAAGACUGGGUCAACACACAGAGAGCAGACGGCCGAGGUGUUUCAACUGUGCAGAUCCGACUGAAAGCCAAAACAAUCGCCACCGCAAUGAAGUUUGACUUUCUUGGUAGGCUACUGUUUACUGCAAUUUUUGUUACAAGCCGUGUUUCGUUAAAGCCUAUUUAUUUUUGUUACAAGCCGUGUUUCGUUAAAGCCUAUUUAUUUUUGUUACAAGCCGUGUUUAGUUUCAAAGCCUAUUUAUUUUUGUUACAAGCCGUGUUUCGUUAAAGCCUAUUUAUUUUUGUUACAAGCCGUGUUUCGUUAAAGCCUAUUUAUUUUUGUUACAAGCCGUGUUUCGUUUAAAGGCUGUGUAAAGUUCAUUUGUUUCAAUGUACCGGUAGGCACUUGCGGCUUAUAGACGUGUGCGGUUUAUUUAUGUACAAAAUACAUAUUUUAAAAAAAUUCAGUGGGUACGGCUUAUAUUCAGGUGCGCUUAAUAGUCCAGCAAUUACGGUAGUUCAAAUUUAGUUUUUUUUUUUUUACUCAAGCUACCAAAAACACAGGAAAAUCAGCCUAGUUUGAGUAAAAUGUUAUUUUUCUGCUUGUAUAUAUUUUUCAAGUAAAUGUAAAAUUGUGAAUGUCUCAAUCUUGUGGGUUCACUGUUUUACUUGCCAGUAAAAAAUAAAAUGUUUUAUAAGAGGA